AUGCAUGACAAUGACACGAUUUCUCAAGAGCUCAAGGAAAUUCUUGAUCGUGCUCGCGAGCUUUUGUGUGACAUUGAAUUGUUCGUGAAUGCUACAAGUAAUAAGAAUGGAAGUCACAAGCCACAUUGGUAUGAUGCAAGGAGUAUGUCGGAAAUUGUAACAUUGGAGAAUGAUGAAAACAAUCCACGCUUAAAAAUCCACGGGAUUUUUCUUAAAGCCAGAUUUCAAGAAUAUGUUAACAAAUUAUAUAAACGUAUUCGGACGUUCAAACUAGACAGGAAUCUGAAAUCGGGUAAAUUUAGAAGAACAUCAACAAUUCAACCACAUAAAAAUCAUAGGAGGAACAGACCAGGCAGAAGGAGAAAAACGACAGUUCGUUAUAAUGGAGAGCCUGCAGUAACUGAGAAAACUUACAUCAUCACCACAAGAAACCCUCGCAGAGGAUCAAAAACUUCGCGACGAACACGAACCCCAGGACAAAAACGACAAAGGCAAAAUAAAAUUAUUCAAAAUCUACAGUAG